AUGCUUUUGGUAAAUUGUUCCAUUGGUUCAUUCUUUUCUUUUGAAAGUAAGAAAUGUGACAAAUGUCCCAUCUAUACAUAUCAACCAUAUCCAAAACAAACUCGUUGUCUUCCCUGUAAUGAGAGUAAAGGUACCAUCAAUGUUGGUGCAGUGAGUGAACGAGAAUGUAUAAAAGUCAAAAGAUGUGAUUUUCAAAAGGGACUGGGAACUACUUUAUGUCCAUGGCACAACGUAGAAGUUGACGAUGACUUUGACUGGAAACUUCGUACAUCAUACUCAAUGUCUGACCCACCACGCUAUGAUGCUACAGGCUUCAGUAUUGGACGAUAUCUUCGUUUGGGAUCAGAUAGUUCAGGCAAAGCUUGGUUGGUUGGAAACUAUCGCAACGACUCUCUCGUGUGUUUUUCAUUUUCGUAUUACAUGUAUGACAGUCAUUAUCAUACAUUAAAUAUCUACCAAGAAUAUUUUCACAAUGGAUACAAUCUUUUACUGUGGUCAUUAAGUGGUGAUCAAGGAACUAAGUGGAAAAAAGGCCAAAUCACAGUUAAUUUUACACUGGGUCUAUCUAGGGUAGGCAACUUGCACAUAUUUAUACAACUUAAAAUUAAACUUCGGCAAUUUGACCAAGCCGCUUACUUUUUCUUCAUAGUUAAUCGUUGA